UAUAGUAAAGAAUUUAACCAUUGCAGUAACAUCUUACUAAUAUCCAAAACUGCCAGCUUUGCAUGCAAUGACUCUUAUCAAAUCUCUCUCUGACACACACACAGAGAGCAGCAUAACAACUAGCAAGAGAUGGAGAUGAAGAACCUUUGAGAGUGAUUUUUGGCCUGAAAGAAACAGUAGUUCUUGGAAUUUAUUUGAGAGAUGGCUUCAGUGAUGGAAAUUGAUGAAGAAAAUAAUAAUGAAAAUAAAGGAGGGAUGUGGGAUUUAGAGCAAAAACUUGAUCAGCCUAUGGAUGAGGAAGCUGGAAGGCUAAGAAAUAUGUAUAGAGAAAAGAAAUUCUCGACAUUGUUGUUAUUGCGGCUUGCUUAUCAGAGUCUUGGAGUGGUGUAUGGAGACCUUGGAACAUCUCCCUUGUAUGUCUACAAUAAUACAUUUCCCCAUGGAAUCGAGGAUACAGAAGAUGUCAUUGGAGCACUCUCAUUAAUUAUAUACUCUCUUACGCUUAUCCCUCUCCUCAAGUAUGUUUUCAUAGUAUGUAGAGCAAACGACAAUGGCCAAGGUGGGACUUUUGCUCUUUAUUCAUUACUCUGUCGACAUGCUAAGAUAAAUACAAUUCCGAACCAACACCGAACUGAUGAGGAGCUGACAACUUAUAGUCGUACAACAUUCCAUGAGCAUUCAUUUGCUGCGAAAACAAAAAGAUGGUUGGAGGCAUAUCCAUUCAGGAAGAAUGCACUUCUUAUCCUUGUAGUUGUUGGCACCUGCAUGGUAAUCGGUGAUGGAAUUCUCACUCCUGCCAUAUCAGUUCUUUCAGCUUCUGGUGGGAUCAAGGUGGACCAUCCGAAGAUGAGUAAUGAUGUAGUCGUGGUUGUUGCUGUCAUUAUAUUAGUUGGUUUGUUUAGCUUACAGCAUUAUGGCACAGACAGAGUGGGUUGGCUGUUUGCUCCAAUUGUGCUGCUUUGGUUUCUUUUAGUAGGAGGUAUUGGUAUCUUUAACAUCUGGAAGUAUGAUAGCUCUGUUCUGCGGGCUUUUUCUCCUGUUUACAUAUAUCGGUAUUUUAGAAGGGGAAAAAGAGAUGGUUGGACAUCGCUGGGAGGGAUCAUGCUCAGCAUUACAGGAACGGAGGCACUUUUUGCUGAUCUUGCUCAUUUUCCACUGUCAGCGAUACGGCUUGCUUUCACGGUUAUUGUUUUCCCUUGCCUUCUUUUAGCUUAUUCUGGACAAGCAGCAUACCUCAUGCAAAAUAAGGAUCACGUUGUUGAUGCAUUCUAUCGAUCUAUUCCAGAAAGCAUAUACUGGCCAGUUUUUAUCAUUGCAACUUUAGCUGCUAUUGUUGCAAGUCAGGCGACCAUAUCUGCAACUUUUUCGAUAAUCAAGCAAGCUCUAGCACUUGGCUGUUUCCCGAGAGUAAAGGUUGUGCAUACAUCAAAGAAGUUCUUAGGGCAGAUAUAUAUUCCUGAUAUAAAUUGGAUUCUUAUGGUUCUUUGCAUUGCCGUUACUGCUGGAUUUCAAAACCAAAGCCAAAUUGGCAACGCUUAUGGCACAGCAGUUGUGAUAGUCAUGCUGGUGACGACAUUGCUAAUGACUUUGAUAAUGUUACUAGUUUGGCACUGCCAUUGGGCUGUUGUCCUUCUCUUCACUGUCUUAUCUCUGGUGGUUGAAUGUACCUACUUCUCUGCAGUACUUUUUAAGAUUGACCAGGGUGGUUGGGUUCCACUUGUGAUUGCUGCAGCUUUUCUUCUCAUCAUGUAUGUAUGGCAUUAUGGAACAGUGAAACGUUAUGAAUUUGAGAUGCAUAGCAAGGUAUCUAUGGGAUGGAUUCUUGGGCUUGGCCCCAGUUUAGGGCUGGUACGUGUGCCAGGAAUAGGACUCGUGUACACCGAGCUAGCUAGUGGAGUGCCUCACAUCUUUUCUCAUUUCAUUACCAACCUACCUGCUAUACACUCGGUUGUGGUAUUUGUCUGUGUGAAGUACCUUCCUGUUUACACAGUUCCAGAAGAUGAAAGAUUCCUUGUGAAACGAAUAGGACCGAAGAAUUUCCACAUGUUCCGGUGUGUUGCAAGGUAUGGUUACAAAGACCUACAUAAGAAGGAUGAUGACUUUGAGAAAAAGCUUUUUGAUAAUCUCUUUGUGUUUGUACGGCUGGAUUCCAUGAUGGAUGGCUGCUCAGACUCGGACGAGUACAGCUUAUAUGGACAGCAAACACAACAAUCAAGAGAUUAUAAUGGGAACUCAUCUACUACAAAUAUUGAACUCAGUUACUCAUCAAUGGACUCGAUAGCCCCUGUCAGAUGUCAUCCUCAGGGUAACAACACAUUCACGUCAUCAGGCCACGAGAGCAACCACACAGAAGUUGAUGAAUUGGAAUUCUUAAAUAGUUGUAGAGAUGCUGGGGUUGUACACAUACUUGGGAACACUGUAGUUAGAGCAAGAAGGGAAUCCAGGUUUUAUAAGAAACUUGCUAUAGACUAUAUAUAUGCAUUUCUUAGGAAAAUAUGCAGGGAAAAUAGUGUUAUCUUCAAUGUACCUCAUGAGAGCCUCUUGAAUGUUGGACAGAUCUUUUAUGUGUAAAUUAUUUAGAUGAUCAAUUCGAGAUAUUAUGGACUUUGUUCAGAUCUCACGCAUCAAAGGAUUAUCGAAUAUGCAUAUAACUA